CAAAAACGAAAAAAUGAAAAAGUGACUGGUUAUUUUGUUUUUUGUUUUUAUAAUGAAAAACAAAAAACGGAAAAACGGCUGGUUUUUCAUAUUUCAAUUUUAGGCACAGAUCAAAAAUACGAAAUCGAAAAACGGGACACAGAACUGAAUUUGAUUUUAAUAUUUAAUUUGUCGGGUUUACGUGACCCGGAAAUGGCUCUGUACGCGGCAGUUCGGGUAACCAUGGCAACCAUAGCGGCGCUGGAACAACACAUUAAGGAUUAUUUUUUAAAGAUUGAUUAAGGACUUGUUCCACAGCGGUUUGACGUACAAAGAUAUUUUCCUGCACGUUGCAGCAGAUGAGCACAGGAUGCGCGCCCAUUGUUGCGGCGCGGCGGAAGAAGCGGAAGAAGUUGUAUGAGUUUGACUAGAGCGAGGGAAGAUUUGUUUCUUAAGUUGCGUUAUUGGAGUUGCAGUAACGUUAUAGAAGAACAACAUGCCCACCAGCUGUUAUGUGUACGGGUGUACAAAUAGAAAUCCCGAGGAACAUAAAUUUUUUGCAAUUCCCAGAGGAAACAGGCCAUUUAAAAGCACCGUAGCGGCUGUGGCUGCAAGUAAAAGAACCGACUGGACCGAGGAUCAUCAAGAAUGCCCGCGUUUGCAGUGCUCAUUUCAUAUCUGGUGAGAUGUCACUGGACCACGACAGUCCUGAUUUUGUGCCCUCUAUUUUUUCAUACACUAAACAAAACCAAAACCCCGAUGCAAAGAUCAAAAGGUACCAAAGAAAAAAGAAAUGGAGUGAAAGACUUCUGUUUGCUCCACCAAAUCAACCUGCUCCGGCUCCUGGAGCUCCAGAGGAAGUCACCGGCAUGGAUCACAGUCCUACUGUUCUCUUUUCUGCUAAAGCUGAAGAGGACAUCCCAGUCACGAGGACAGAAUACAAUGACCUGAACCUGAGGUACACCGAGCUGAAGAGUGACCACGUCAACCUGCAGGAAAAGUAUCAACAGCUGCGAGAUGAAAAUGAGAGACUUAAAGAGGAGCUGAAGAAGUCGACAUUUUCAUACUCAAAUAUUAAGUGCAACAUGGUACAACUGUUGUUUAUCACUGGAAUAACAUCUGUGCUCUUUGACUGGUUGUGCACCAAAAUUGCAGGAAGUGUAAAAAUAUUCAGCAACAAGCUCUCUCUACAGGAUCAUCUUUUGAUAGUGUUAAUGAAAUUAAGGUUGCAGCUCAUGGUGCCACCCUUCACAUUGCAGCUUUCACCAAAGGCAAACAGCAACUUUCUGCACAGGAGGUCGACACAUCAAGACAACUGUCACGUGUCAGGAUACAUGGCGAACGUGUUAUAGGGAGAUGGAAGAACUGUCACAGGCUGACCUUCUAGAUGAUAUUGUUAUUGUGUGUGCUAGUCUCACAAACCUUAGCAAAAGUGUUGUUCCGAAAAAAUCUAAGAAAUAAGGGUUCUGAAUAAUAACAUCAAGUCUUGACAUUUUUUUAUUUUCUCAUCAGUGAUUUGGAGCUGUGACUAUGAAUUGAAUAUCAGCCAUUAAUGAUUUACUUGACUAUUAAAGUUUUGCUAAUAAAC